AUGUUUGAUAAAAAAAAGUUUUCUCUUCCUUCUGUCCUUCAAGCUGAAGAGAGAAAAUCACAUUCAAUACAUUUGCCAAAACAAGAAAAACAAAAAAAGUUACCAUAAUUUCAGCAUUCAUUUUAGUUUGUUAAGGAGCUUCACCCUGCUACUUCAAGAAACAAUGAAAAAAGUUUUUCUUCAAAGCAUUUUAAUUUUACAGAAUAUGAUAUUGUGAGCGGUAAAAAUCCUAAUGCUAUUUCAGAAAAAACAAGAAAUUACAUUAAAAAUCAAACUAAAUUCAAGGAUUAAAAUUCUUCAACCUAGCAAAUACAUCCAUAGCUCAGUAUUUGUUAAGAUAAUGGCACGAUAAAAAAUAAAAUAGAUGAUGUAGAAUAAAAAAUUAACCAAAAUGUAGAAGAUAUUUGUAAUAUAGUAGAAAUAAAAAAUGAGUUAAAAUAAUUAGAAAAUGGAGAGAGUUCUUAGAUUUAAUAGAGUUUAAAUACCCCAAAAUAAAAAAUUAAUAAACUUGAAUCUUUGUUUAUUAUGAGGGAAGGUCAAAAUUAAUAGAGAUUACCAUAGUAGAGUUCACUGUUGGAUUAAUAUUUUGUUCUAAAAAAUGGUUCUACAUUAUAAAGUUAAAAUUCUUUUGAAAAAUCAUUUCUAAACCAGUCAACUAACAAUUUUAGGAACAGCGAAACUAAUUAAAUAUUUAGAGGUAGUAAGUUUAGUAUUGAAGAAGACUCUAAAAAUAACUUUCAUCAGACAAAUCCUAAUCAAACGAAGUACCUUAAGUAAAUAAAGUAACACUCUGAUAUUCUUGGACAAUUUACAUAAGAAAAGUAUAUGAAAUCUCCUAUUUUUUCCAAGUAAGGUGAAGAGAUAAACAAUAUUAUAAAAUAAAGUAGAGAUCAUAGCAAUUCAAUUCAUUUAGCUAUGAAAAGUUUUUAAAUAGAAAAAGGUAAAAAAUUGUUUUAAUUUGAGAAAGAGUUGAUGAAAAUUAAAGAAAAUAUAAUCAGUAAGUCUUAUUUUAAUUUUCCUAGUAGAAUUAAUAAUACAAAGAGUAUUAUUAAUGAUAGCUUAGUAAGUUAAAUAAACUAGAUGAAUGGAUUUGAAGAGGAAAAGAAACAAGAUAUAAAUAUGAUGUAGAUAAAUUCUAUAGCAGCUGCUGGAUCAAUUUAGUUAAAAUAAAAUGCAAAAUCAUUUUAACAAAAUUUAUUUUAUGAACAAGAAAGCAAGCUAAAUCAAACAAUUAUUAAAUUUAUAACUGACAAAUCUAUCCUUUAAGAUGAUUUUAUAAAAUAAGUAUUAAAUUAAGAGAAUAAAGAAGAACAGUAAAACCCUGCUCUUCAUUUUCUGAGGAAAAGAUAAAUGCACUUUACUUAAAAUCCUGAAGUGGUAGAUUUAUUGGAGUAAAUUGACAUUCACCACAAGACUCUAAAGAAUCUAGGAAAUUAAUAUCAAAACAAUCAUUCGGAUUUCUUUAAGGUAGCCAAUUUAGAUGCAAUUAAAAAAGAUAUAUUAAUGUACUAGAAAUCAUUUGUUUAAAAAUCUGAUUACAAAAUAUGCUAAGAGAGGGAAGAAUCAAAGCAACUCUAGGAUUGGUUAAAAGCAAUGAUUGACAAAGUUCUUAAAAAGCCUAACAACUCUUUUCAAUAAAUGUUCUCUGAGCUUGAAUUAAUUUUUCAUGGCUGCAUGCAAGAGCUGGUAAGACAAAUUUCCAUUUAAUGCUAAGAAAGAGGAGAAAUUUUAUGUUAAAUUUGGAACCAAUAUAACUAUUUAAUUUCUAAGCUAUUUUCUAUGCACUCUGUAAUGCAUUCUAGGCAAAACUAAAUGGAAUAUGAUCGCUUAAAAUUUUUAACGGAUGCUGUUGAUAAAAAAUAAUAAGAAUUUAUGGUAUAAAUAAAAAUAGUGCAGCAGAGAUUAGAUGAAGAAUUUGAAAAUAAUUAAAAAGUCAAUGAUCAAAAUUUUUAUCUGAGAAAAAAAUUGAAUAAAAUAGAAAAAGAAAAAAAUGAUUUAUAAAACUAAUUCUCUUCAGUGUAGUAAGAAUUUAACGAAUUACAAACUCAUCAUUAACACGUUUUAGUCAAAUUUACUGAAUUAGAAGAAUAAUUAAACGAUAACAUACUGCAGUCACUCAAUAAAGUACCUGCUUUAACAAAUACCAUUAAUUCUUCAAAUUCUUAAAAUGAAUAAAUUAAUUUAGAGCUGUUUAAUCUUUCUUAAAAACUUUUAUAGAUGCAAUAAGAUAAAUUAGUUUCACAAAGAUUUAUUCAGUAACAGCAAAGUAAGUUAAAUAUUUCUUCUUAAUAAAGUAAAAUAAAUAUCAAUAAGUAAAAUUUUGAAAAUACAAAUUAACAAAUCACCGAAGAUAAAAAGACUAUAGACAGUGCUGUUAGUUUAGAAAAUGAAAUAUUUGUUAAGAAUUAAGAAUAAAAGUCUAAAAUUGAAAUAGAAGGUAUAAAUAAUGUUGGAAUAAAUACAAGCUUUAAAUUUUUCUUAGAUCGGGUCGAUGCUUGUGUUAGUACAACUAGUAUUUAUGAAAAUAAAGUAUAUUUAAAUCAAGAAGUCCAGACAGAUUAGCUCGAAAAAAGCUUCCAGUAUUUAGAAAGUAGAAAGUAGAUUAAAAGUAGUGAGGUUUUAACUGAUUUAGAAUAUGAAGAAGUAGUAAAUAAGCUGAACAACCAUUUAUUAGAGAUGAAAAAUGCAGCUAGAGAUAAAGUCAGUCCCGAAGUUUACUAUAAAAAGCUAAGAGAUUUGAGGCAAGAUUUGCUAAAUAGUUUUAAAAAAAAGAGAGUCUCUAUUUAGGAAAUAAAGAAUAAAGCAAUCAAUAUUCAAGAUUAAUAAUAAAAUAUAUUUAAAGAUGUUUUGCAAUAGUUAAUUGAAAGUAACUCAACAGUGUUAGAGUAAAAAAUUGUAAUUGCUGAAAAAGACAUCAAAAUUCAAGGGUUGGAAGAAUAAAUAAGUUCGUAACAGUUAAAAAUUGAUAUUUUAAAGCAUACUUACAUUGAGAAUUAGUUGAACGAUUCAAGCUAAAAUAGCGAAAACCUAGAUUAAAUAAGUUUUGAAUAAAUUAUUGAAAGCUCCCACCUUCUUUCUUUUAAUCAAAAACCAUACAGGUCUUCUAACCAAAUAUAACUAAGUACAUUUAGAAAUAUAGCAGAAAGGGAUUCUCAUUAUAAAGAUUCUAAGCGAAAAGAUAUUGAAUAAGAAUUUUAAUUGUAUCAAUAAGCUAACAGCAUUAAUAUUCCUACUUAAGAAGCAAUUAAAGAGCAAAUUUUGCAUGAAACUCAAAAUAAUGAAGAAUUAGAACAAAAAGUUUAGUAGUAAGGUGAAGAAAGCAUAAUUUAAAAUAAUGAAGCCACUUCUUUAUCUAAUACAAAUAAUUUUAGUAAUCAUGAAUUAUCCAAUACAUCAAUUAAUAAGAUAGAAAGAUAGAUAUCUAAUAAACGUUAAAGCGACAUUACCAAGAAGUCAAAGUAAGCAAGUUAUUUAAAAAAUAAUAAAGGUAGUGAAAGAAAAUUUAGUAUCUAGCUAAUAAACACUAAUAGGUCUAUUUCAAACAGUCCACAAAAUUCUUAGAAUAAGUGGAAAUAGAAUUCAAAUUUCAAAAAACCUUCUAUUUCCAAUUAGUUAAAUUAGACCAAAUAGUAAAAAAGAGAUUAAUAUGUAAGUCCAAAAAGAAAAUAAAUUAAAAAUAGUAAUAAAUAAACUACUAAAGGGUAACCCCUGCUCACUAAAGAAAGAGCUUCAGUUUUAGCAAACAAAGAAGCAGCUGAACUUAUUCUGGAAACAGCUAAAGUAGUUUUAGUUGAAAAUACAGAUUAUAAGCAAAUGAAUUAAAUUGUAAAAAUAAUAAAUAUUAUUUACAAUGAGUGCAUCAAGCAAUACAAAAAAGGAGAAAGUGAUGGAUAGUAGGCUAUAAUUUAUAUUUUAUAUGAUUGGUUUUUACAUCGUUUUGGAGUGAAAAAUAUAGCUGAAAAAAAAUUAUUAGAUUUUCUUGUUUAAAUUAGAAAAUCGGAUGACAAUCCAAAAAUACGUGCAUUUGGAAAAAUUGUUGGACUUUAUAAAACUGAAAUUUUAUAGUUUUACGAUCUUCAAUUUUUCAUUAAGUGCAUGUCCCUAUUUGAGGAGUAUUCAAAUUUAGCAAAAACAGCUAAUAUCUAAAUAGAAAAAUUAAAAAUAAAUAAAUAAUAAAUAACAGACGCAUCUCAUUUUUUUUUCGGAAAUAUUAUUUCAAAAUAAGGAAUAGAAGAAUUUAUCUAAAACACAGUAGAUGAAAUUACUUUAGAUAUUGAAAAUUUUAGAAAUAUUUUAGUUAAAAACUUAAUUGCUAAUUAGGAAUAAAAUAAUUCUCAUGAUUUUGACAUAGAUAUCAUUUCUGAGAAAUUCUUAUCACUACAUAUGCAACUUGAAGAAGUUUAUAUGUAAAAAUAUAAGGGAAUAUUUUAAAUUGUUCAGUAAGCUAAUUUUAUAGGAUUAGAGGAAUUUUUAAUUUUGAUUAGAAAUUUAAAUAUUAAGGAUUUGAAAGAAAUAGAAAUGGUUUAGAUAUUUAAAUAGAAGGCAGAUUAAUACAAUGAUUAUCAACUAUAAAUGAGUCUAAAAAGAUUUUGCAUGUUAUGUUAGGAAAAUAAAACCUUAUUCGAAAAAGAUCAAAAAGAUUUUGUAAAGUUUUCUCUUUAAAGUAAUAACAGCAGCUUAAUAGAGAAUAAAAUUCAUAAUGUUCAAGAGAUUAAAAACAACUGGGAAUUGCUUAGUAUUAUUAUUAAAACAAGAUUUAUAUACUCUAAAUCUUAUAAAACUGUUUACCAACAUAUGUUAGAUCAAAUUUAAAAUUUCUUUUAAGAAUCAAUAAAAGAAGGUGAUGAAUCAUCAUUGCAAUAAAAAAGGGAGUAAAGUAAUCGCAUUAUGCUAAUAUUUAGAAUUUUGUGUGAAGAGUCACGCAGAAAUAUAAUAAACUAUGAAACGAAUUAAAUACUUGGGGAACCUUUCUCAAUGUUCUCAGAGUCUAUUCGUUAAUAAAUACAUAAAAUUGCAUGA